AUGACGUCGCAUACAAAUUUUCCUUAUAACCGGAAACGUACGGUUUAUGUCGGCGGUUUCGGCGAGGAGGUGAACGACAAAGUACUCCACGCAGCGUUCGUGCCUUUUGGUGACAUCGUCGACGUGUCGAUCCCGUUGGACUACGAGAGCCAGAGCCACCGAGGCUUCGGCUUCGUCGAGUUCGAGCUGGAGGCCGACGCCAUGGCCGCCAUUGACAAUAUGAAUGACUCUGAGCUAUUCGGCAAGACGAUCCGCGUGAACUUCGCCCGGCCACCAAAGCCAAACGAAAGGACGACCAGGCCGGUAUGGGCCGACGACGAAUGGAUUAAGAAAUUCGGGUGA